UCAUUUUGAAUAUUCAAUUUUUGUUUUUAACUGUAGGUGUAAUGUUAGCAAAUUUCAUCCCGACCUUUUUUUGUUACUAAUAUUAUUUAUCUCAGUCUGUUGUAAAUUAUGAAGUUUCAGGAUGACCUUUCACAUUUGAGAGAAUGAACAAUAAAAGAGUUUCUAUACAAGGUAAAAUGUUUGAAAUUUGGUAACAAAAGACUGCUCUGUAAGAAAUGACGUUUUGUUAGUUCACUCUCUAAUGAGGUUCCCAUAAGGAAGUUCAACUUUUAUGUAGAUUUCAUUAUAAGAUUUUGACAAACCUAUAAAAAUUUAAUUUUUUUACUCAUACAAUGGCUUGGUGAAAUUAAUGUUCAUAUAUCAAACAAAAAUAAUUGAGAUAACAAUGUAAAUGAUAGGGCAUUAAUUAAGAUAUUUUCAUUAGGAGUGUAAUGGCUUUAAUAUGAUGUAUGAAUAUCAAUAAUUUAGUCCAGCAACAAUUCAAAAAGUAUAAACAUCAGUAAUUGAAAAAUUAGAUGUACCAAAUAAAAGUAAAUUAUGAACUUUCAAACUAGUCAGUCUUAUGAAUCUUCUUAAUUAUAAACAAAUUAUUGAUUGAGUUUUAAGUAUAACAAAUUGUUACUGUGAGAGUUGAAAACCUUCCACCUUUCUCUUUGUAAUCAAUAAUCUUGAUUCUGCAUUUAGUACAGUGUCAUGGUGAUAUAUCAACAGUAAAUAUCUGUACUGAUGCCAUGGUGAUUCAUAAACAUCAAGUUAUUCGUGUUUCUUAAUCUUCAAGGGUGACAGUCUUCUGUUUAGGUAAUGGAACAAGAUUUGUAUACAUUCAUUCAUCUGCCAGAUAGGAUGUGCAAGGCUCUGGAAGACAAAGAUGUGAGGGAUUACUUGAUGAAGUGGGGUAUGAAGGGGAAUCUUGUAGUUCAAUAUUACACUUUCAAUCAGCCUUUUCAGACUCACAGGAAGGAAGAAUUUGUUCAAAGUUUCUUCACAGAUACUCUGGUUUACACAACAUUGGUUUACAAUCAAUCAGUCAUUGGGAGGAAGGUGAGUCAAGUCUCAUUUGAGACGAUUCCAUGUACAAUUCUAUCAAUGGAAUUCUUCGACCGGUUGAUGGAUCCUGGCAAUGGUGUCAUUCGCAGCGACAAGUCAAUAAUCCAGUGCGCAGAAGAAGAAGUAGAUGGGUUCUACGUAGAAGAUAACUUACGAAAUGUGAUUCUCAAUGAAGGAAGUGAGUUUUACAAAUUGUUCUCGGAUUCGGAGCGGAAGCAAUUCCUGUGGAGUAUCUUCACCCACUUGUGCCUUGGUGGAGAGUGGUGUCAGUAUGAAUUCUCUGUUGAACCAUACCUGAUGGUGGCAAAACUUCUGUACAAGGAUUUGGUGAGUGUUGAACGAGUCGGAGACAGUUCUGAGCUUGUGGUUCGUUCUGUCGUUCUGAGAGUCCAAACAUAUGAUGAAAACGGCAGUCCUCUUGUUCCUCGACAGAGACAUAGUCUCCAGGACUGUGUAUAUCUUGUGAUUGACCCAUUUAAACGAUCUGUUGCUGUUUUGUCUCACAGUUAUGGGGGGACUUUCUGUGCUUAAAAAUUAUUUUUAUCUACUGUGCAAGCUCCUCUUAUUUUUAUUUUUAUGUGUUUCAUUUAGUAAUUUAAAAGUAAGUAUGUUUUGGAUGUUAUUUUGGUGUUUUUAUAUUAAGUAAAUA